CUCUCAGCUGUUCGGAGAUACGGUUCCAAAGACUGCAGAGAACUUCCGUGCCCUGAGCACUGGGGAGAAAGGAUUUGGAUACAAGGGGUCCUGUUUUCACAGAAUCAUUCCUGGUUUCAUGUGCCAGGGCGGUGACUUCACACGGCAUAACGGAACUGGUGGCAAAUCCAUUUAUGGGGAGAAGUUUGAGGAUGAGAAUUUUGUCCUGAAGCACACUGGCCCUGGCAUCUUGUCUAUGGCAAAUGCAGGUCCCAACACAAAUGGAUCCCAGUUUUUCAUCUGCACUGCCAAGACUGACUGGUUGGACGGUAAGCAUGUUGUCUUCGGACGUGUCAAAGAUGGCAUGCCUCUUGUGGAAAAAAUAGAGAAGUAUGGCUCCAAGAACGGCAAGACGGCCAAGAAGAUCACCAUCGCUGACUGUGGGCAGCUGUCAUAAUUCAUGUCUUAGCCAGCCUGCCAGCCAACCAACCAUUCCUUCUGAAACCUGGGCUGGCACCCUUCUUCCCAGGUGACACAACCUCCUCUUGUAAUCCUUGUGCUCCUGAAUUACUGCUGCAUUUCUAUUGGGUUUCAUUCCCUUUACUGUCACGAGUCCAGCUGGACUUCAGAGUUAAGUUUAUGAUUAUGACUUGAAAUAAAACAAGUUCAACCACA